UGAAGAGCCCAGUGCGGCGCGACAAUAGACGAACGCCAACCAGUUUGCGCCCAGUGUCAUGAUUAUGAGGCUGCAGAUUUAAAGGGCUUUAGGCCCUCAAUUUUUCAGUCAUGUCUGACAGUUUCCUUAUUCCUGUAGUUGCUUCUCUGCUCUUACUAAGUAUUGGAGUAAAGAGUCAAAUAUGCAGUGAUGGAGAAGUGUCUUUAGUUGGAGGUAGCGGAGCUCAUGAAGGGAGGGUGGAGCUCUGUGCCAAUGGAGUGUGGGGAACAGUCUGUGAUGACGACUGGAAUGAUUAUGAUGCAGUGGUCGUUUGCAGACAACUUGGAUAUGACACUAAAGGAGCUAAAGCCUUGAGUAAUGCAUACUUUGGUGCUGGAAAUGGUUCCAUCUUGAUGGAUGAUGUGGCGUGCAGUGGAACAGAGGAAAGGCUAACAUCUUGCUCUCACAUCUCCAAACACAACUGUGGCCACAGAGAAGAUGCCUCUGUACACUGCUCUCCAGGCCGCCAUGCACGUAGCGCCUGCACAGGUGUGUGUACACGUUACGGAGCAUAUGCAAAAUCGUCAGUAUGUAAGUGUUGCUGUUUCGUUUGUUACAUACUAUUGGAGUUGGGUAAUCCAGUACUCGAGGAUUGCUUAUCGCUACGAAACAAGGCUACAAAUCACUUACACUCGUAGUUUGGAAAAUUAUUGCUGUCCAGGUUUCUCUGGAGAUGGGAGCACUUGCACAGCUGUGUGUAAUCCGGCGUGUGUCCACGGAGAAUGCGUGUGUCCCAACUCCUGCACUUGUCACCCUGGCUGGACUGGACCUACUUGUGAUACAAGAGUGUGCAUGCAAGCGAGUGAGGGGACAUUAAAACUGGCUGGAGGUACAACACGGAGCGGACGUGUGGAGUUAUGCAAGAGUGGAACAUGGGGAACAGUGUGUCACAAUGAGUGGGGCAACAACGAUGCAACAGUCGUUUGCCACCAGUUAGGAUUUUCAAGACACAAUGCAACUGGAGGGACGUCGGCAUCGCCUGGUACUGGGCCCAUUCUCAUGGCCAAUGUGAACUGCAGAGGAACUGAGACAAGACUGACACAGUGCAGCCACACUACUCGACAUGACUGCACACAUCAGGAGGACGCUAGCGUGACAUGUAUACCACGUUUGUGUGACGAUGGUGAUGUUCGUAUGGUGGGUGGUCCCGUUGGAGGGAGUGUGAGAAGGGGACGCGUGGAGGUGUGCAACAAUGAGACAUGGGGGACAGUCUGUGACCACAGCUGGUCACCAGAGGACGCCAGAGUUGUUUGUGCUCAACUCGGACUCCUACAAUCUGGAGCAUCGAGUUACUCUGAUGCGCUAUUUGGUCAAGGAAGGGGAUCCAUUCUUCUGAACAAUGUUGCCUGCACUGGGACAGAGUCUCGGCUGUUUGACUGCAACUCUGACCCCAUCGGUGUGACUGGAUCCUGCACACACGAAGAUGAUGCUGGAGUUGGCUGCCGGACUUCAAUGUGUACCAACGGAGAUCUGUCUCUGGUGGGAGGACUAUCAGACAAUGAAGGGAGACUGGAGCUGUGCUACAAUAACCAGUGGGGAACAGUCUGUGAUGAUGGGUGGUCACAGGCUUCCACCAACGUGGCCUGCAGGCAGCUGGGAGUCACUGACAGCACACAUGUGACCUCCAUCUCUAACAUGUUUGGCACCGCUUCAUCUGAGGUGCCAAUACUGUUGGAUGAUGUGACGUGCAGUGGGAGAGAGACUAGUCUUCUCAGAUGUCCACGCUCAUCUGUGGGUUCACAUGACUGCAGGCACUCAGAAGACAUCAGCCUCAGAUGUGGGACGUGUAGGGAGGGAGAUGUGAGAUUGGUGGAUGGUGCCAGUGUGAAUGAGGGGAGGGUGGAGGUGUGCCUCAGUGGGAGAUGGGGGACAGUGUGUGAUGAUGGCUGGAGUUCAUCCAACACACAGGUUGUUUGUGGACAACUUGGGUAUCCUUCGACAGGAGCAACAACACUGGAUGGAGCAUCCUCCACUCCCACUUUCUCCCUGCCCAUUGUGAUGGAUGAGGUGUCCUGUGGGGGUACAGAGAGCAGGCUAUCCCAGUGCCGCUACAGGAAUAUUACUGGCCUUACUCACUGCUCCCACAGAGAAGACACAAGGAUACGCUGCCCUCUGCUUGCUCCAGGCCCCGUUCAGAGACUCUCUACAGCUCGUUCCCACAGUUCCAUUACUCUAAACUGGUCACCUCCACUACCUACUGCUCCACCGUCGGCCGCUGUCACACAGUACAUCAUCACCUGCAUAGCAGAGAACCUCCCGUCACACCAUCACACGACUUCCAGCACUACCGUCACCUUCACUGGGCUUCAGCCUGAGACCUGGUACUCUUGCUGUGUGACAGCAGACAGUCAGUUUGGGAGGGGUGAACAAAUCUGUCGGACAUCGCAAACAUUGCCACAACCUAGGUCUACUCCCCCGAGAAAUCUUGCUGGAGUUGCCACCUCUCCGCGCUCCAUAUCCCUAUCCUGGGAACGCCGCUGGCACCCAGAGGAGAAAUCAGAGAAUAUCGUGUCAACCUCACUGAAAAGCAGUCACACCAGGAAAUCCAGAGAACAACUACUUCCCUAGGACUUCACGUAGUGGGACUACAUCCGUUUUACAACUACAGCAUUCGAGUGGUUGCAUUCACGGAGAGGGAAGGAGACUCUGCAAUUAUUGAGAAUAUACAAACCUUCUCAGAUGUGCCAAGUGCUCCACCAAGUGUACCAGAGUCACGUGAUAUCACGACCACCUCUUUCAGUCUAUUCUGGCGGCCACCAGCCCCUGGGCACAGGAAUGGAGUCAUCACCCACUACAGACUGAGAGUGGAGAAUCUGUGUACUCGUGGCACCACCUACACAACCGUACAACCAUCCGCCAUUCCGUACACUAUUGAGGACCUUACACCGUACACUGUGUACAACUGUUCUGUGAGGGCAGCCACUAUCAAUGGAACUGGCAGCUCCUCUUCUGAACACUCAGUUCAGACACUUGAAGACGGUUAGGAACAGCAAUUCCAUACUAUAAUCUCAUACCCUCUCCUCUCUUCCCUACAUGUAGCCCCAUCAAGGCCCCCCCUCUAUGUGGGCCACACCGUGCUGAAUCACACAAGUAUUACAGUUACCUGGAGUCCUCCAGGAUGUAGGUACCAGAAUGGAAAUAUUCGCAGCUACUACCUACAGUUGAAUGACACCAUUGGCACGAGAAUGGUGUCUGGAACUUCACAUACUGUUAGCCACCUGCGUCCAUAUCAAGUCUAUGGUUAUCGUGUGGCGGCCUUCACUGUGGGUAUUGGUCCUUACGGCGAGUGGAUGUUUGUGACUAUGCCAGAACCACCCGAUGUUAAUCCUGUGAUCGGAUUAAUGGGGAGUGCUCUAAGUUCGACCUCCAUUCAGUUGGAGUGGGAGUCUCCACUGGCUGAGUAUGGACACACAGUGACCUACAGAGUCCAGUGUACCGAGACCAACACUGGCCAGACUCUAUCACCCUCCACCACAUCACACACUGAAACCACCAUCAACCACCUCCACCCUCACUACACCUACACCUGCAAUAUAUCAGCCUAUGCAAUAGACAAUAGCCAUUUCAGCUAUCUAGUCAAUGUGACAACAAUGGAAGAUGCUCCUUCAGUGGCACCUGAUGGGCUCACUGCUCAAUACGUUGGCUCCAGAAAUGUGACUUUGACAUGGAAUAAACUGGCAGCAGAGCAUCAGAAUGGAGAUAUAUCCUACUACACCAUCUACCUCCUUCCAACGGAGUCCUUCUCCUGGCUGAGACCCAGCAAACACAUUGCUCUGUUUCCUGACCACUUGUACACCAUUCUCAACCUCCACCCACACUCCAACUAUAACAUCAGUGUGGCAGCUUUCACCAUAGCAGCUGGUCCCAACUCCACUGCCAUUUCAAUACAAACCAGACAAGAACCUCCCUUGGGUUUCCCCCUAGAUUUUUCUGCUGAUGCACUCUCACCAACAUCUCUGUCCCUCUCCUGGUGGCCACCACCAGCUCAGUCGCGACACGGAGAGAUAAGAUCCUACACCAUCAGACUGGAGACUGUACCCACCAGGGAAGUAUCGCUCCUGACCACUUCAGACCUGCAGAUUACAAUAGAGUCUCUGCAUCCAUUCUAUGAGUACACCGUCAGUGUAGCAGCUACCACAGUGGGACUAGGACCGUACACAUCUGAGAUCAGCGUCACUAUGCCAGAGUCACCUCCUAGUACAUCACCAAACGUGACAGUAGUGGAUGUUUCGUCUGACACCAUUGAGCUACAACUGACUCCUCUAACUGAGGAGGAUCGGAAUGGCAUAAUUACUGGUUACGUCAUAGAAUAUUUCAGCAGCAGAGGCAGCGACUCGAUACCAACAGACUCAUCAACAGAGUUCAGUCUCACAGUGGCUUCAUACACAAGAUAUGAACUGAGAGUUGCUGCUGUGAACGCAGCUGGCCAGGGCCCUUUCAGUCAUCCAGUGACAACAACGACUUUGGAAGAUGCUCCUUCCCGUCCACCAACAUCAGUGAGACUCGUGGACAUAACCUCCACCUCAGUUCAGCUGCAGUGGGAACCACCUCCACCACUCUACCACAAUGGCCUGAUACGAUCAUACACUGUACUGUGUACUGAACUGGAGACAAACAGAACCAUUACAGAAACAAGUGCCGUAACAGAGAUGACACUCAGAGACCUUCAUCCCUACUACACCUACAACUGUAGUGUAGCAGCAGUGACAGUGCGUGAAGGGCCAUUCAGUGACUCCAUCAUCACUAAGACACUAGAAGAUGCCCCCUCUCAUCACCCCUAUAAUCUCGUGGCUAAUGAGAGCACUCCCACUAGUUUGACCCUAACUUGGACUCAACCCGAUCCAUCGACAUGGAACGGAGUCAUCAGAUACUACAUCAUACAAGUCACUCAGCUCUCUCUGGCGUACAAUGUUUCCUACCCCACCACUUCUCUAUCUGUCACUGGUCUCCAUCCUCACACCACCUAUGAGAUACAGGUGUCUGCAGUCACCGUUGCAGCUGGCCCCUACUACACUGCUGAGCUGAUGACAGAAGAAGACAUUCCUGCAGCACCACCAGGAAGUCUGUCUGCUCAAUCAGUUUCCUCCACGGACCUCUCCAUAACAUGGAGAUCACCACCAGAAAACAAACGGAAUGGAAGGAUCAGAUACUACACAGUAUCUGUGUAUGAAGCUAAUACUGGGGAGAAUCGCUGGUACAACACUUCAGACAGUACAGCUCACUGGACUGUGACAGACCUACACUCAUACUACAUUUACCACAUUCAAGUUGCUGCAGUAACAGUUGGUCUGGGUCCCUUUACUAAACCAGUGGAAAUCCAAAUGCCUGAAGAAGCUCCAUCUAGUCCUCCAACAAGCCUGAGUGUCACAGAGGUAGGUUCCAGCUAUGUCUUGCUGCAGUGGGCCCCACCACCUGACUCAUCACACAACGGCAUCAUUCGCCACUACCUCGUCCAUCUUGUGAUGGAGGGAAACAGCUCAGAGCCAGCUGCCAGGAAUCUCACCACCGGUUCCUCCCGACCUUCCACUAACAUUGGCUAUCUCCAGCCCUCUACACUGUACACUUGCUCAGUCGCUGCCAUGACAGUUUCAGCCGGCCCGUUUUCCACCAACAUUUCCUUUACCACUGAACCGCACAUACCAGGGAGUGUGCAGUCUCUGGCAGCCGUGGCUCUGUCUUCUCGGUCAAUGAACGUGUCCUGGCAGCCACCAGUGGACGGAGAGGGAGCUGGACAAGCCACAGACUAUCUGCUCAAUGUCACACUCCCAGGAGCACCGGGAGAAGACAGAUAUUCAGCUAGGACUGAUUCAACGUCGGUUGUGGUGGGAUCCCUUCAUCCAGACUACCUCUACCAGUGCUCAGUGGUGCCCAGAACCAGUGCAGGGACAGGCCCUCUCACACAAACACUGCUACAACUUCCACCAGAUGUGCCUACCAGUUCCCCCCUGGAUGUCAAUGCUCUUGCAUCUGAUCCCACAACUCUCCACCUCUAUUGGAGCCCACCUCCACCGGAGCAUCAGAAUGGUGACAUCAUCCAGUAUGGGAUCAAUAUCACUCACAUUGAGCAGGGGACGACCCAUCAGUACAACACCAGUGGUCCAAAGACAUCAGUUGUCAUCCCCGACCUCCAUCCUUACUAUACCUACCAGUACAUGGUGACUGCCUUCACAGUGGUAGGGAAUGGGCCUUAUUCCCCUCCUGAAAUGAGACAAAUGCCAGCAGCAGCCCCUUCCAGUGCUCCACUCAACCUAUCUCUCCAUGAGAUUGGCUCCAGCUAUGCCCUCUUGCGAUGGACACCUCCACCUGAGUCUGAUAGAAACGGAGUCAUAGAGCACUACCAGGUCCAGUUGAGCAGCUCCCUGGGCUUCAACUUCAGUUACAACACAGCCGGAUCACAGACACACCUACUGCUCAACUCCCUGCAGCCCAGUACCCAGUACACCUGCAGCGUGGCUGCUGUGACAGUCGCAACUGGUCCAGCAUCCACAACCAUACACUUCACUACUGAUACAUCUGUUCAAGGGACGGUGGAGUCUCUCGUGGCCAGACCUCUCUCACCUCGAUCAGUCAACAUCUCCUGGCUAACUCCUCAUAAUGGAGUGACUUUCCUGGAUUUCCUUGUCACCAUCACUCCUCUAAAUAGACACAGGCAGCCGCGAUACGACACAACAUCCUCCGCUAGCAUUGUCAUCAGUCAACUAAAGCCUGGGGCCUUUUACCUGUGCAUGGUGGCAGCCAGGACUCAGUCAGGUCUGCUGCCGUCUGUGAGCACUGUUCUCAUGGAGCUCCCACCUGAUGUUCCAGAAGGCUUUCCACUUAAUGUACUUGCUGUGCCAGUGGACUCGAGAACUUUGCACCUUGUGUGGAGUCCGCCACCAGUGGAAGAGCAGAAUGGGGAGAUUAUUAAGUAUGGAGUCAACCUCACAGAGGUGGAGACUGGCCGAGUCACACAGCACCUCACUAGUGAUUCAGUGACAUCCAUCACUAUACCUCUCCUUCAUCCCUUCUACCGCUAUCGCUAUGCCGUGACUGCAUUCACUUCUGUGGGAAAUGGGCCAUACUCACUCACCUACACAAAGAGGAUGCCACAGGAUGCUCCAGAUGGGUCACCACUCAAUGUCACAGUAGCCAAUGAGAGUCCCAGAGUUGUGGUCCUGCACUGGAUCCCCCCUCCCUCACAAACCCAUAAUGGAGACAUCACUGGCUACGUCAUCAGAACAUUUGACGCAGAGCAAGGGACAAAAGUCGGGGACAGAGAAACCGAUAAUACUACCAGUUACACUCUAACUGGCCUAAACACAGCACACCCAUAUGAAUUUUCAGUGGCUGCAAGAACAGUUGUCGCUUGGGGACCGUUUUCAAAACCAUCUUACAUAUUCACGCUUCAUGAUGUUCCCUCGGCCCCAGUCGGAGUUUCAGCUCAGAGAAUCUCAGCUACUCAGAUAUUAGUUUCUUGGCCACUGGUGCCAAAGGAGAAGGUCACACUCCCCAUCCUCUACUACACUGUCAAGUACUAUGGCCUGGAGAGCCGUGUGCGGCUACGCAGAGAUGAGAAGGAUGUUCGACUGCUCAACACCCAGACUAACCUCACAAUAGGUGACCUGGACCCUGGAAUCACCUAUAGUGUGGCUGUGUCGGCCACCAGUGCCUCUGGACCUGGAGAGUUCUGUGAGGAGAUCACUGUUGGAUUGUCAGAAAACAGUCUCUUUCAACUGUUUCUAAGUGGAGCAAUUAACUGCCAGGAAUGGGUGCUCCAUCACGCUGGUGCCAAACUGGAAUCAAUGAGAGCCACUCUGUCAGUGGAGUUGGAGGAGAGCUGCCAGUGCCAGUUCUCUGCCAGUUACCUUCUGUUGAACCAGCCACACUGCCUCUCUGCACACACUGACUGGCUCAUUCUGUGGGGCAGGAUCAUAGGAACCAACCACACCGCCAGUCACGUCAUUCGCGACCACCUCCAGGACUGGAGUGACAUGGAAUCAAAGCUAGUCGUGGAGGGAGUUCACCUGGCGAGUCUGGAGUUCUGUACUGUGUCCCUUGUAGAUGGAGAGCCACCGUUUUGUGAGGCUCCCACAGUCGUGGCAACUCUGCACCCAGAGCCCGUGGACGGCAGGUCCGCUGAUGAGUCAUCCUCUGUUGUGACGCAUUCCAUCGUGGGUGUUGUUACGCUGAUGUUUGUGAUAAUACUGGCUGUCCUAGCGUGCUUCGGAACCGUGUCCUGCUACAGGAAGAAGAAAGUAAAAGACAGACAGUCAAGAUUCCAUGUAGAUCAUCCCCUGGAGGAGAAUGAUGCUGCAGGAGGAACCACAUGCGGGAGGGAGAGAGACGACAAUGACGGCAUCUAUUACAACAUAGCGGACAGUAUCUAUGAGACUGUACUCGACAACGGGCCACCAGGUGUCACCCUCCCACCUCAACCUCCUCCUCCUCCUCUCCCUCUUCCCUUGAUUGGCUCUCGUGUCAACCCGCCAGCAGCCGAUGAGGAGGACUCUGCUUCCAGCUCUGAUGACGAAUCAGAGGAAUCUUCUGACACACAAUCCUCUACUGGUGUUGGACUCCAGGUCUACCCUCGGCUCUUUGCAACAGGGACUGACAUUACUAACGCCAUGUAUAUGGAUUCAGCUAGUGCCGCUCCCACUCAGCAGAUACCCAGCCCACCUACUGAUCCUGUGCUGGGUGACGCUACUGAUGAGAAUGAAACAGGUUCUUCUUACCAUCACCUCAUACACGGGUCACAGUCCAAAGCACCUACUGAUCCCGUGCCGUACGAGGCUAUUGAUCCCUACCAACACCUCACACAUGGGCCACCGUCCAGGCCAACUACAUACCAGCCACUAUCACCACAGCAGACAAUUGACAGGGAACAGGACUCUGGGCUCUGUCAGUCGUCAGCCGAGAACGUUGGUCACGAUCAGCCGGGACCCGUUGCUGAGAGCUGGUUACAGGCUACUCGGGAUCCGCGACAGAGAAAACGUCUACGAACUACCACCACAACAGCAUCAGCAACCAACUGGGGAUAAUUCGACCACUCAGUUGUAGUCCACAUGCUGUGUGGAAGUUGAAAAAAAACGCUACUACUUAAAGGACUCCAAUUUGGUAAAACAGCUAUGUAGUAACUAUAAUUGGACCUGAAGAGUGUGAUUGUACUGUGAAUUGUACUAUAAGUUAAAGUGGUAUAGAACUAAACUUUUUUUAAUUUUCCUUUGCGCCAUCC